AGGCCAUGGUCAUUUAACAAAACAACACUCUGAAAACGACACUCUGUCAUAACACCAUCCACCGUGACCAGUGGUAACCAGUGGUAACCAGUUGUAACCAGUGGUAACCAGUUGUAACCAGUGGUAACACCAGCUAAAAUGGACCGGAUACUAACUCUCCUUGGUUUAAAGAAGCCGGAAAUACCAGUAGAACAAUUCCCACCAUUGCCACAAGAUGAUGAUAUAAACUCUAAAGGAAUGACUCAGUAUUUUGAUCUUAAUCUUAAGAAGGCCGGGUCUACUGCAACUAAAAGUACUAAAAGUAUCGACGCCGUGUCUGAGUCAGGUACCUCCGCAACCCGGUCCGUGGCGGACUCGUCCGUCGACCAGGACCCGUACAGGGACGUGAGUCUGCGCGUGCACGUGCGCCUUUUAAAGAAACAGAAUAAUAUGAAGGUGAGACUACACGUGAAGGUAGACCCUGAAGAAACAGACAACUGGAUAAUCCCAGAUAAGGGCAAAGCAAACGAUCUGUUCUUCAAUAACGACGAACAGUACGAGUUCCCGACGAGAAUAGCACCAAUUAAAGAACAUCAUAUAGAGUAUGAGGAUCGAUCUGAUGGGUACCACAGUCAAACCAACUCACAGUCCAGCAUAGCAGAAAUGAGUGAAAUACCCUCACUUGAUAUGAACCCUAUUAUCAACGAGGACGACAAGUUUAGGUUCCUAAUGGAGGAACUGAACAAGGAGAAACAGGACUACGAUACUACAAAACUAGAGAUCAUCCACUUUGUUUACGCAAAGGCUCUUAAAGGCGCUGUUAGCUCAGAGGAAGUCAAAAAAUUUCCGUUUGAUAAGAUUUGUAUUAUCCUUAGAGAUUACUUCAAUGUUAUGGGGAUUAGUAUUGCUAACUCGGGAGAUCUGGUUUUCUUUGAGAAGGCUAAAAAAAGGAAACCCAAGAAGAAGAAAGGAAUGGGUUCAAUAGAUCUUCUAUCUCAAGCUCACCAGAAAGCUAACUAUAAUCUACUUCAAGAUGCACAAAAACAAGAGUUUUCAAAGAAGAAGAAGUAUUGUAAGGAGGCUAUUGAGCUUUACACUGAACUUGAGGAACGAUUCAUCAACUACAGAGCGUAUUACUACGAAGCAGUGGACUGUUACGACGUGCAGAUUAUAGAGAGCAGGUUCGGGUACUUCAUGUGUGAGAUGCAGGAGGAGCUGAUGACGGGCAACAUGAUCCUCAGUGGUCAGGUGGUACCGGACUAGAACCUGGCACGUGACUAGAACCUGUCACGUGACUAGAACCUGUCACGUGACUAGAACCUGUCACGUGACUAGAACCUGUCACCUGACUAGAACCUGUCACCUGACUAGAACUUGGCACGUGACUAGAACCUGUCACAUGACUAGAACCUAUCACGUGAUGGUCACGUGAUGGUCAAGCAGAAACAGAUCAGACUAUUCUUAGUCCUGGGGUAAAGCGGAGGCUGGGAAUUAUAACAAUGAAAUUUAAAAAUACAUGAACAUUUUUCUGAAAAAACAGUAGCGGUCAAGAUUCAUGUUUAAGUCAAGAAAUAUGAUAAUUCACUAGUGAAUAGGAUCAACUAAAUAAAACUAACAUUGUGCAAUUAAGCGUCCACCAGUGCAGAAGUGAUUAUUUAACCAAAUGAUAAAAUCAUUGCAAAUUCCUUGUGAAAUCUGGGCUUGUACACUGUACAGUAAUUCUUUUUAUUCGUAUUUAAACAAACAAGGGUGUAAUCACUAAUCAGACAAUCAAUAGGUUUACACAGAGUCUUACUUGGGCAACUACACGAGUUGUAGCCUCUAAGUUCUUUAAAUUAUCUAUAUUCUGUAAAGUUACUUUUGUAAGAUUAUAUACGAAUGUUUUCAAAUGUUAAAUCGAUGUUUAUAGAUGCAUUAGUUAUUUGUUUUACUAUAAAUGUGCUAUCAAGCUAUCAGUUAUGCCUGAAUGCGGUGCUUUCAGAUUCUUCUCGAUGAAUGUUCUUGAAUUUUCCUUCUUACAUAAACAUUAAA